AUGGAGUUUCCGAAGAUUCUUAAAAUUGCUGUAGUGGAAUUCUCGAACUUAAAAUUCUCUUUAACCUCAGAUGGUGUCAUGAAAUUUUCCGGAGUUGAAGGUAGACUAUUAGGAACAAUAUUAGAUGCUUUACAUGUAAUUCCAGAAAUAGUAACUCCACACGAUUUUGAAUGGGGCUCUUUGAAAGAAGAUGGUAAUUGGACUGGAAUGAUUGGGCUGGUUCAUAGAGGUGAAGCGGAUAUUGCUCUGUCCUCAAUUGCACAGUCAUUUGAGCGGAUGAGAGAUGUUGAUUUUAGCAUGUCAUACACAAUGACUGAUACAACUUUCGCUGUAGAAAGACCCGGCGAAAUAUCAAAAGGUUUUGUUUUCAUGCUUCCAUUUUCUCUAGAAAUUUGGAUUAUCACUUUCGCUUUUAUAAUUGCAUACCCUCUUCUGAUUCGAUUAUUCCUGUCAAAUAACUCUUACGCUUAUUUAUGGUUAAACACAGUGGGAAAUAUUCUAAAACAGCCAUCGGAAAUCGCGAAUAAGCCAUGGUAUAAUCGAAUCAUACAAGCAACUUGGUUACUUUUUGCAUUUUCGAUCUCCUGCUUUUAUUCUGCAGUUUUGUUAUCGUUUCUAACUUUUCCUAUAGAAGGUGAUUUAAUAAGAAGCUUCAAACAAUUGUCUGAAGCUGUUACUGACAGCAAGCUUGAUUGUUAUGUGGUGAGGGGAACCCUGACUAUAUCGAAGCUACUGAAUUUAGAAGAUGAACACCUGAAAAGACUCGGUGAGUCAAUAAUUCGAAAUAAUUGGCUGGAAAAGCCCAAACCAAACUGUAGUUUUAACUUCUGCAAUGCAGCGAAAACAGGAAGUGCCUAUUUAAGUUUAAGAGAGCUUUUAGAGAAAUACUUUGGAUUAAGACUUGAUAUGUACAUUUCGAAAGACUCUUUGGGGAUUACGCCAGUGGCGAUAGCUAUCAACCCAAAUUUUUGCUGUGGAAAAAAGCUAGAUGAUGUAUUGUAUAGACUUAUUGAAAGUGGUAUAUACCGUAAGUUUGUACAAGAUGAAUCAUUGAAAUCUUACAUAGAGUUCUCCAAGAAUGCGACAUUUGUCAAAGACAACUUUAAACCACUUCUACUACAUGAAUUAAUAGGUGCAUUCAUGAUGCUAGUUUUUGGGCUAACAAUUUCGUGCUUUGUUUUUAUCUGUGAAGUCUUAUAUUUUAAGAGAAAUUCUUCAACAGACUCAAAAUAA